AAGCAUGAGCAAGGAACAAAGGAAAGCAAAAUACGAAUACAAAAAUCCAAAGAUAUUCCAAUUUCUCUGCAUCAAAAUUCCGGAAUCGUUAAAGUUAAAAAUGGCGAAAUCUGUCAGAUUCUCCGCGGCUGAUCCUAAUUGACGCCUUAAAAGAAGAAGCAGACAGAGACAAAACCCACCGAGUAAACGUAAGAAACCUGUCCGAGUCUCAUACAGAAAAACAUCACCUGAUGUUCGGCGGAGGAAGAGGACCGAUGGGUGGCGGCGGAGGCGGAGGCAUGCUACGCGCCGCCGGGAGAGCUAUGAAGAGGACACGCGUUGCCAACGGCGGGAUUCAAGAACCCUUCUCUUCUUCGUCGUCGUCGUCUGCAAACGCAGCUGCUUCGAAUGCCUCCCAUGGCGGAUGUGCUGGUUCGGCUUCUAGGCAACCCCACAAGCUGAGUUCUUCUUCUGGGUCGAACCAUCUGACGGUUCCGGCAUCUGGGUCACCGUCGGAAUUCCCGGUGGGCGGUCGGAGCGCGUGUGUGAGCUCUGGUGUUUAUGUUGACGAGUUCGAGUGGGUGUCUGAAGAAGGAAGUGACGAGGAGUUUGUCUUUGGCUGUGUUCCUUCAGCCGAUGAAGUCCAAGACGCAGUUUCUGCUCUCCGACAGGUUUUUGAUGGUAAUGGUGACAGAUUCGAGGGCAAUGUUAACAAUACCGAUCGGAUCCAGAGCCCCACCAGCGGAAUGAUUAUUCAGCAAGCUUCACCGUUCGGGUUGGAACUAGACUGGCUGGAGCCUCCGAUGCAACUGUGCCAUCCAAGAAUGUUGCAGACUCACGGUUACGACCAGGUUUACAAUGCAUUCCAUCUACUUCGGACCGAACCAUCCGUCCAGAAAAUGGUAGUAUCUCUCUCAUCAGACAGAGCAGUUUGGGAAGCUGUCAUGAACAAUGAGGUGGUACGCGAGAUCAGGGAGCUAUACAACAACGGCACGAGUGAAGGGAACGAAGAGGAGAGACCAGGCGAAGAAAACAAGCCAGGGGUUGAUUUCAUAAAGUGGGUGUUUGACAACACAAAGGCUAAAGCCAUGGAAGUGAUGGAGAAGAUAUCGAAGCUUGUUGCCGUGUUCUUCAAGAAACAAGACAAUGACGAUGAUGACAGCAGGAAAGACAGCAACGAGCUUGAAGAAAGGAUAAGGACAUCGGUCCUGCUCACGGUCACGGUCAUGCUGGUCGUGAUCGUGUCCCGAGCCAGUCCCACGGCCUUGUGAUGGAAUCCAAUUUGACGACAUUACACAGAAUAAGCUUUUUCUCUCUGCCACCUUUUGUUUUGUUCAUCUUUGCUUGCAAAUCAUGUUUCUAGAGUCUGGGCUCUGUACUUGAUUUGACAUCUCGUACAAGUUCCUGCCUGUCUUUGUCUGAGAUUCCCUUAGAAUGUUCGGAGAGCAUCGCUCUCUCCUCUUUCACGAAUACGUACGGCAACGCGUCUUUCUUCUUUUGUUACCA